CCGAGAAGUUGAAGUUACUCUGUCGGAGAUCGUUUUAAGAGCGAGUUGAUACGCGCGCGAAUUAAACAUAACCUCAAAAACAAUGUUUUUGUUGUUGUUGUUCGGUUUCUUCUGGGGUGUCUCAAUUUCCGAGCCCCUGAUGCGGAAUUGUGAACCGAUCCGAGUGGAAAUGUGUAUGAUGUGGUACAAUUCAACAAGUAUGCCCAAUUUGGGAGGUAAUGACAUUCAACAAGAGGCCGAUUUACAACUGCAGUCGUUUUCGCCUCUGAUUCAGUACGGUUGUAGCCAAAAUUUGAAACUUUUUUUGUGUUCCGUUUACGUGCCAAUGUGUACAGAGAAAGUUACUAAUCCCAUUGGACCCUGUCGAGGACUUUGCGAGGGUGUUAGAUCUCGGUGCUACCCUGUUUUACAGGGGUUCGGAUUUCCGUGGCCGGACGCACUAAACUGCUCCAGAUUUCCUGAGGUUAAUAACCAUGAACACAUGUGCAUCGAGGGACCGAAAGAUGAAAUUGAUAUCAGAGCUCCUGUCGAUCCAGCUGUGCAGAAAUUCGACUGUGAAGUUAGAAAGAACGGCGAGGGAUGUAUCACGGGCUGUAAUUCCAAUCUUAUGUUUGACGAAUCUGAGAAGAAAUUUGCAGAGGUUUGGGCUACUGUUUGGGCCUUCAUCUGCCUUAUAAUCAGCCUUGGAGCAUCAUUAACCUUAACCAUCGGAGGCGGUCGUGUAAAAGCUCGCCCUCUACUCAGUUUGGCCUUAUGUUACGUCAUGAUGAGCGCUGGUUGGGCGUUAAGAAUGUUCGCUGGCAGGAUGUCGACUUCGUGUCCAAAAGCUCCUGAAGAUGGUCUAUCCAACAUUAAUUGUGCUUUCGUGUUCCUACUCUUGUACUAUUUCGGAAUGGCUGCAAACGCUUGGUGGGUCUGCCUUUGUGCUUGGUGGGUAGCGAGAGUAGGUUUGUCCUGGCCUCCAGAAAAAAUGAGAAGUUUGAGCUCUGUCCUCCAUGUUUGUGCAUGGGCGUUGCCAGCAGCACAAACUGUUGCAGCUUUAGUUAGAAGAGAUGUCGACACAGAUGAUUUAACAGGAACCUGCUACAUCGGUAAUAGAAACUCCACUACUCUUCUCGCUCUGGUUUUAAUACCAUAUUUCCUGUAUUUCACCUGCGGUACCAUGCUUCUGUUCCUGGGUUGCACCUAUGCCGUAAGAAAGCCCCAUUCGUUAGCAGCAGCGCCUCUCACAAAUGCAGCACCACGGAAGGAGAGUGACUUUUUGGGCGCCAUUUGCACGUUAUACGCUAUUCCUACGUUUUGCGUUAUGGCCAGUAUCUACUAUGAGUAUAACAACAGGGAUAAAUGGUUAUUGGGGGAAAAGAAACCAGCUCUUUGGGCGUUUUUACUGAAAUAUUUCAUGAGUUUGUUUAUUGGUGUUAGCAGCGUCUUCUGGAUAUGGUCUAUGAAAAGUGUAACAGCUUGGAGAUCAGUACUGAGACGUUUGGGUCCAAGAAAACAACCACCAUUAAAAGUACAAACCAUGCCGCAAGUUAUGAGAUACAUGCCUGCUCAAACUCUGUCUACUAGCUUGAGCACAGCAUCCAAACACUCUACUAGAACACAUCCUCAUAGAAAACCGAGAUUGCACCACAUGAGAUCUGGUAGUGAAACUGUUAUUUAAAAAUUAAAUACUUCUUUAGUAUAGGGUAUGCAAAGGCAUAUGACACAGAAAAUCAUUGGAGCCGCACGAUAGCUCAGAGAAAAGCAUUCAGAAUUUAAUAUAAGUUCUCGUCAGACUGAUGAACUUUGAUUUAAAAAAUCACCCGUUUUUGUUGUAAUAUAUGCUUCUAAAUAAAACAAAUUACCAGUGAAAUAGUGAAAAACAACAAAAUUGGAUUUUAGAAAUAAAUAUUUUAAUAAGAUCUCAAAAACUGAAAGUCUGUAAAAACAAAUUAACAAUAUUGUACAUAACACUCCAGUUAUUUAUUUUGAAAUUUUUUUAGAUAAAAGGAGAAUAGUGCUCGAUAUUUACAAUUUUAAAGAUCUUCUUUUAUUUGCCUUAUUGUAAAUAGUCUGUGAUUAAUUGUAUACAAAUAUUUAUUUUUUAUAUUUCUAUUCAUUAAUGGCCAUAUUACAAAAUCAUAUCUAUAAUUGCGUCCACAAAGGUGUUCAACCUAUUUCCUAUGGUCACACAUAUUAUAGUAAAUGUAAUUUAUCACUUCAUUUAAUAUUACUGUUUAGGACUGUAUCUAGGUUACCUUGUAAAAUAUAUAUUUUAAAUAAUUAAAUUAAGGUAGUGGAACAUAAUUUAGUUAUGUCUUUUUCCACAAAGACUAAUAUAGCUUAACAGUAAAUUCUUAUGACUCCAUAAUGUAUUACCAGCUGCAGUCCUAAUUUUAAUGAAUUUUAUGUCAGUUUUAUGGCAGAUUGUACUUCACUUUUCAUAGGAGAGGGUGUUAGACUUUAAAUCUAAACAGGAAUCCUCACAUUUCAUAAGUAACAUGCAAAUGGAUACAAAACACACCUUACAGAGAUCCAUAUUUCAUCUCUCAUAACAUUUAUUUGUUCAUGGACUGUUCAUGAUAAUGAUAACUGCUAAUGCAGUAUCUACUAUUAUAAAAUAAAUAUCAGCUACUUAGUUGAUAUAAAAAAUAUUAUUAUUAUUAUUAUUAU